CCGAGUGAUUUGACCCUCCCGGCGUGCCGUACACGAGUAGCUUCCUGUGUUAUGAAAACAUGCUGGAUUUCUACGAUAAUUGAAUUUAUUCCUUGACGUAUGGUUUGUAGCCAAACCACAAAGCAUACAUAGUAACAUUACGUAAAAAUAAAUAAAAAUGGAGACCGAAAAUCGGGUGCUAAAGAGAUCGUAUGAAGAUGAAGGAAAGUCAGGCUCAGAAGGAUCAGAGGAUGAUGAUUAUGUCCCAUAUGUUCCAGUCAAAAUACGGAAACAACAAAUGCUCCAGAAGAUGUUACGUCUGCGUGGGAAGGCUGUGGAUGAGGAGCAGAAGGAUAGCGGAGAGGAACAACGGGAUGAGGAGGAAGGCCUUGGUCCACGCUCCAAUAUUAGUCUCCUCGACCAACAUCAACAUCUCAAAGAGAAAGCAGAAGCUCGUAAGGAGUCUGCCAAAGAGAAACAGCUGAAAGAGGAAGAGAAGAUCCUGGAAAGUGUGGCUGAGGGCAGAGCCCUGAUGUCUGUAAAGGAAAUGGCCAAAGGUAUCAUAUAUGAUGACCCAAUUAAAACAAGCUGGAAGGCACCGCGAUACAUCCUAAAUAUGCCAGAGACAAGACACGAACGCGCCAGAAAGAAAUUCCACAUCCUAGUGGAUGGAGAAGGCAUCCCUCCCCCGAUCAAAAGCUUCAGGGAGAUGAAGUUUCCUCCAGCAAUUCUCAAAGGUUUAAAAAAGAAGGGGAUUAUCCAUCCAACCCCAAUUCAGAUUCAAGGAAUCCCCACACGAGAGUUGGCGAGGCAGACUCACGGCAUCAUAGAGUAUUACUGCAAGAUGCUGGAAGAGGAAGGAGCGCCACAGCUGCGCACAGCUCUGUGCAUCGGAGGAAUGUCUGUCAAAGAGCAGAUGGAGGUGGUGAAGCAUGGCGUCCACAUGAUGGUGGCCACCCCAGGAAGAUUGAUGGAUCUGCUCCAAAAGAAGAUGGUCAGUCUUGACAUAUGCCGCUACCUGGCCUUGGAUGAAGCCGACAGAAUGAUCGACAUGGGAUUCGAGGAAGACAUCAGGACAAUUUUUUCUUAUUUUAAGGGACAAAGGCAGACCCUACUUUUCAGUGCUACCAUGCCCAAGAAGAUCCAGAACUUUGCCAAGAGCGCUCUGGUCAAACCAAUCACCAUUAAUGUGGGCCGAGCCGGAGCUGCCAGCUUGGAUGUUAUCCAGGAAGUAGAGUAUGUAAAAGAAGAGGCCAAGAUGGUGUACCUGCUGGAGUGUCUUCAGAAAACACCGCCUCCUGUGUUGAUAUUUGCUGAGAAAAAGGCAGACGUAGAUGCCAUCCAUGAAUAUUUGUUACUGAAGGGAGUGGAAGCGGUCGCCAUUCAUGGAGGAAAAGAUCAGGAAGAAAGAACUAAAGCCAUAGAAGCAUUUAAAGAAGGAAAGAAAGACGUCCUGGUCGCCACAGAUGUUGCCUCCAAGGGUCUGGACUUUCCAGCCAUUCAGCAUGUUGUGAACUAUGACAUGCCAGAGGAGAUAGAAAACUAUGUCCACAGAAUAGGAAGAACUGGACGAUCGGGGAAGACUGGUAUCGCUACGACGUUCAUCAAUAAGGGCUGUGAUGAGUCUGUGUUAAUGGAUCUGAAAGCUCUGCUGGUUGAAGCCAAGCAGAAGGUUCCUCCGGUCCUCCAGGUGCUCCAGACGGGCGAUGAAACCAUGCUGGACAUCGGAGGUGAGAGGGGCUGCACGUUCUGCGGCGGUCUCGGCCAUCGUAUUACCGACUGUCCCAAGCUGGAGGCCAUGCAGACCAAGCAGGUCACCAACAUCGGUCGCAAAGACUACCUGGCUCAUAGCUCCAUGGACUUUUAAAUGCAUUUUUCACCAGAAUACAAAGUUGUUCUGCUUGGGGUGAAAAUAAUUCUGUGGAAACGCCUCGGUUACAUGUAAUGUCACUGAGUUGGGGAAGUUUAUUUUAUCAUUUUGUACAGGUCUGUUGGACAAAAAAGGAUUCCUUCUUUGUACCCUUUUCUCUUCGUUACUCAUUGUCAUAUUAGUAAAACACACCGAGGAACGUCAGAACUGUAA